AUGACUGAAAAUAAUAAUAUUCAAGAACAUUAUCAAACAUUAUAUAAUCUUCAACAUGAACAAUUAAUUAUAUUACGUAAAGAAAAUCAUGAAUUACGAUUAAAAAUAGCUCAAGAUAAAGAACGAAAAUUAAUAAAAAUAAAAGAUUAUGAAAAAAAAUUAGAAAAAUUUCAAAUACUUGCUAAUGAUGCAAGUAUUCGAUUAAAUGAAGGUAGUGAAUUAAUUAAAAAAUUACAACAACAUUUAAAAAUUUGUCAAGAAAAAUUAUCAGAUAAAACAAAAGUAUUAUUAACAAAAAAUGAUACAAUUCAUAAAUAUCAAUUACAUAUUACUCAUCUCAAUAAUAGAAUAAAACAAUUAAUUGAUCAAUAUACAACAAAAAAUUUACAAUUUUCAUUCAAUGUUAAUAAUAAUAAUAAUAAUAAUGAAAAAGUUGAUAUUGCUAUACAAACUUCACCAACAUUAUCAAUUCAACGUCGUAAUGUUCGAUUUAAUUUAGAUAAAGAAAAUUAUUCAAUCGAUCCAAAAUAUUUUCAAUCAACAAUGAUAAUAAAUAAUCAAUCAAGCUAA